UUCUGAAGGCAGCUCGGAGGCACUUGAAGAAAGCCUUGCUUCUUUUUUUUUUUUUUUCAGAACUAACUGGCUUUGCUCUUGAUAACGGUAAAGCCACUCGAUGUCCGUGCCCGGAUUAAUUUAAAGAUGUCACUAGGAACUAAGGGCGUGGGUCACGUGACAGGUACUCUGAGGUCGCUUGCCAGGAACAAACAUAGCCGCCCCCUCCUAGUGGGCUAGUCGCGUCCUGUGGGACGUACCACUUCCGGUCGGGCGGAGGUGCGGGACUGGUUCAUUCUCGCCACUGCCGAAGGUAUGGACGACUUCGUGGAGCAGCCGGCCCUGGGGGAGGAGGGAGACAGCCUGGCCCCGAGCAUCCACUUGCCCCUGCUCCCGCGCUGCUUCUGUCACCCAGUAACUGUGGGUCCAAAGAAAACAGAAUUUCAGAAAACAAAGGAAGCUUGUUUAAACUACAUUCAAGAUGCCCUGUUGCAGAACCAGUGGCAGAGGGCUGCAGAGUUCAUGAUUAGCUACUUGGAGAUACUGGAAACAAGUACAGUGAGUAAACGGAAAACUGCUCCAGAGGCAAUUUGGAGAAUAGGAACUGAAAUUCUGCUUCAUCAUUCCAAGAGCAACAUAGAAGAGCUCAACUACUUUACCGAGCGGAUGAAAAAUUUAGGAGUAAAAAAUUAUUUAAAGGUUUGUUUAGAACACAUCUUUUAUCUCCUGUGUAAUGGAUUGAUAGAUGAAGCCUACCAAAACCUUACCCUGGCGGAAGGCUGGAGGUAUGGAGAACAAACUGCUGCUCAGAAUGAUGAGCUGAAACUCAUUCAAGCUUACAAGGGUCUCCUGGACUACUAUAACUGGUCUGAGAAGAGAAAAGCCAUGUUAGAGCUUGAUGAAGAAAAUUUUACAGACUCCUCUGAACAAGAAAUGCACAACUUUUUUCGGCAAGCAGCAGUGAAUCUUAAGGAAAUAAUUAAAAUACCUGGAGUUUGGGAUCCUUUUGUGGUGUGCUAUGUGGAUCUGUUGGAAUUUUAUGGAGAUUAUGAUGAAGCGCGGGAAGUCUUAACUGAAUAUGCCUACAACUCCAAGUUUCCUCCCAAUCCCAAUGCUCAUGUGUACCUCUAUCAUUUCCUAAAGAGACGGGGUGAAUCCAAAAAAUCACUGGUAUCUGUUCUUAAGAUUUUGCACAAGACUGUUCCCUCUCAUGAACUAAUGUUAGAAUUUUAUACCAUGCUUACAAAAUCAAAAAAAAGAAAAAAACGUCGAUUGGGGCUGGAGGUUAUUUUUGAAGUUCUGGAUUUUGCUGGCUGGAAGGAAAAUGUAAAGGCUUGGAGUUGUUUAGCAGAACAGAUUAAACAGAUCCUGGAGAACUCUAACAAGCACCUUGACUGGGUAAAGGAGGAAUGGAACUCCAGAAAGGACUGGUGGCCCGCCUUUCACUUUAGCCACUAUUUGGCUAAAAGAAAUUGGCAGGAAAAUGAAAAACUUGCUUAUGAAAAAGCAUUGCUGGCUGGAAUCUUAUUAGGAAAAGAUUGCAAAUAUUAUAAAUAUGUUUUGCACCAGGGCUGCAAAGCCAAGAAGAAAAGGUUUCAGACACUGAAGAAAUUUGUGAAGAAACACAAUUCUGUGUAUUUGAGAAUAUCUGCCUGUUCAGAUUCUUCCACACACCUUUGAUUUUAUUUAUUUAUUUUUAACAAGAUGUAUUUUAGGACUUCUU